AUGAGCGAUUACAUGAGCGGUGGCGAGACUGGCGAGGAGGAGGAGGAGGUUGUUUCGGCAGGGAAGCGGCGCGAUGAGUUCCCUUUCUUUAAACCUGUUCUUACUUGCACCGCAUCUGCUGGCCCUGGAAUACCGAGAGCAUGUAUAUCUUUAGGAUCCAAGACCCGAGCCAUUGGGAAUGCAGCAAAGAGCCAGAUUGUCACAAAUGUAAAAAAUGCAGUGCAUGGCUUCAAAAAACUGCAUGGAAGAGCAUUUGAAGAUCCUUACAUACAAGCUGAAAGGGCCAAACUUCCCUAUGAACUUCAGAAGAUGCCAAAUGGCUCUGUAGGAGUAAAGGUGAGGUACCUGGAUGAAGAGAGACUGUUUGCAGUGGAACAGAUCACAGGAAUGCUGCUGGCUAAACUGAAGGAGACUUCAGAAAGCGCUUUGAAGAAACCAGUGGCUGACUGUGUGAUUUCUGUCCCUAGUUUCUUCACUGAUGCUGAAAGAAGGUCUGUAAUGGCAGCUGCACAGAUUGCAGGAUUAAAUUGUCUGAAGCUGAUGAAUGAAACUACAGCAGUUGCAUUAGCCUAUGGAAUAUACAAGCAAGAUCUGCCAGCCUUGGAAGAGAAGCCAAGAAAUGUGGUCUUUGUAGAUAUGGGGCAUUCUGCAUAUCAGGUUUCCAUCUGUGCUUUUAACAAGGGAAAACUGAAGGUCUUGGCCACUACCUUUGACCCUUUCAUAGGUGGUAGGAACUUUGAUGAGGCUUUGGUAGAUUACUUUUCUGAAGAAUUCAGGACAAAAUACAAACUGAAUGUAAAAGAGAAUCCCCGAGCACUGCUGCGAUUGUAUCAGGAAUGUGAAAAGCUCAAGAAGCUGAUGAGUGCGAAUGCAUCUGACCUUCCACUCAAUAUCGAGUGCUUCAUGAAUGACCUGGAUGUCUCCAGUAAGAUGAACAGAGCUCAGUUCGAGCAGUUGUGUGCUGCCCUUCUGGCCAGAGUGGAGCCUCCUCUAAGAGCAGCCAUGGAUCAAGCCAAACUUCAGCGUGAAGAUAUCUACAGUAUAGAAAUAGUAGGUGGGGCUACUAGAAUUCCAGCAGUGAAGGAACAGAUCUCUAACUUUUUCUGUAAAGAGAUAAGCACCACACUAAAUGCUGAUGAAGCUGUGGCAAGAGGCUGUGCCUUGCAGUGUGCAAUUCUUUCUCCAGCUUUUAAAGUGCGUGAGUUUUCCAUCACAGAUGUUGUUCCUUACUCUAUAACACUGAGAUGGAAAUCAUCUUAUGAGGAAGGAACAGGGGAAUGUGAAGUCUUCAGUAAGAACCAUGCUGCUCCAUUCUCAAAAGUAAUUACUUUCCACAAGAAAGAGCCUUUUGACUUGGAAGCUUAUUAUACUCAUCCACAUGAAGUGCCUUAUCCUGAUUCCAGAAUAGGGCGUUUCACUAUUCAGAAUGUUGGUCCCCAGCACGACGGCGACAACUCCAAGGUGAAGGUGAAAGUGCGCGUCAACAUCCACGGGCUGUUCAGCGUGGCCAACGCGUCCAUCAUAGAGAAGCAGAGCGUCGAGGGGGAUCACAACGACACCCCCAUGGACACUGAGUCAGCAAGUAAGAACCAAGGCAGAGAUGAGGAGCUGGAUAAAAUGCAGGUUGAUCAAGAAGAAGGUGUACAGAAAAGUCAAGCUGAGCAACAGAACCAAGCAGAUGAGGAAACUGAAAAUCCUGGAACUGAAACCAAGGCUGCUUCUGGAGAAAAGCAAGAUCAUCCCUCCCAGCCAAAGGCUAAAACAAAAGUUAAGAGUAUUGACCUCCCCAUACAGGCAAGCCUCUAUAGGCAGCUGGGACAGGACCUGAUCAAUUCCUAUAUAGAAAAUGAGGGGAAGAUGAUGAUGCAAGACAAGCUUGAGAAAGAACGAAAUGAUGCGAAGAAUGCUGUUGAAGAAUAUGUGUAUGAAUUCAGAGACAAGCUGUGCGGAGUCUUCGAGAAAUUUAUCACUGAAGAGGAUUCAAACAAGCUGACCUUGUUGUUGGAGGACACAGAAAACUGGCUUUAUGAAGAUGGAGAGGACCAGCCAAAACAAGUAUACAUGGAUAAGCUUCAAGAAUUAAAGAAAUUUGGACAGCCUAUCCAGGAAAGAUGCAUGGAACAUGAAGAGAGACCAAAAGUUCUGAAUGAACUGGGAAAGAAGAUUCAGCUCCUUAUGAAAGCAGUAGAAGCAUACAAAAAUAAGGAUGAAAAGUACGACCACCUAGAUCCUGCUGAGAUGGAGAAAGUUGAAAAAUACAUUAAUGAGGCUAUGAAUUGGUUGAACAGCAAAAUGAAUGCUCAGAACAAACUCAGUCUAACUCAGGAUCCAGUUGUCAAAGUGGCAGAAAUACUAGCAAAAUCUAAGGAACUGGAUAGCUUCUGUAAUCCCAUUCUAUCCAAGCCCAAGCCGAAGAUAGAACCUCCCAAUGACGGGCAGGCCAAAGCUAACGGGGAACACAACGGGCCAGUGAACGGACAGAGCGCCGCUGAAACAAAACCCGAACCAGCCAAGGACAACCCUCAGCAGACCAAACCCCCCGGAGAAAUGGAAGUGGACUAAACCUUGCAAUUCUUUUACUUCAUUAAAAUAGUGCAAGUAACCACAGGGUCCAUUCUUUUUGUCUGGUACACACCUCAGAUGUUCAGUUAUUCUUAGCCAAACUUCUGUCAUUUGUUGCUGAGUAGUUUUGAAAGUGUUUUAUAUUAAGUACACCUCUGAUGUUCAUUUCCACUGAUGCUGCUUAUGUGGAGCUUUAGCCAAAUGUAGAUUGUAUAAGUCAGUUGAAGCUUUCCCAAUAUAUUUUAUAUCAAACAUACAGAAUUGAUCUAUAAAUGGCAACAAUCUACCUUAUUUAAAGCUUUUAUUGUGGAUAAACCUCAGCUCCUUUAUUCAGGAAAGGAUACUGUAUUGCACUACUGAUGCUCAAGUGUAGAUCUAAUCGCAUCUUUAUUUUGGAAAAAUAUUGGAAUUGAAGUGGCAAAACUUGUCACUUGAAGCACUGACCUUUUCUAGUUAUUGUAUUGUUAUAAUUUAAAUAUUAAAAUAGAGGUUAGUUGGCAUACCAGUCCAUCUUGUUGAUGUACCAUGAGAAUCGUACGGUCUUUUUCAUAGGAACUGAAUAAUAUGAGCUUAAGCAUUUCUGGGUUCCCAUACCACUACCAGUCUUCAUUACAAACUGCUCCAGCAUCCUGGCUAUGCCGUGUGCUGGAAUUCCUGGUCUCUGCACAUUGCUGUACAUACCCUGCUGUGCUUAGGACAGGGUGAUGCUGGUGAGAACAGGAUGAAAGGGGAGAAUAUUCAAGGCCUGCUGCAUAGCUUUCCCUUGAAAAUGUCUUAUUGCACGUGGAACUAUUUCCACUUCUUUUGUUUUGAAUUCAAUUUACAUCUUGAUUGUAUCUCAUCCUGGGGAGGAGAAACAACAGGAACAGUGCUGUGCAAUCGGGGUAUCACCACCCUGAUUUUGAGGUUGCUUAAAUGCUGUUUGGUGCAAACUUGAAAGAAGUGCCGAGAGCUUAUUUAAGCCUUGAUGCUCAGCAGAUGAAUUUUUUGGUCAAGGACCAAAACAUAAGAGCUUAAAAACUGGAUAUUAUUACCCCAAAGAUGGAAUCUGCUUGAUGAACUUGCAUAGCUUACCACUUAGCCUUGGUCAUUUAGCUAUAAUGAAAGUGUCUACAACAUACUACAUAGUGGAAUCACUGUUUUCUUUGAUACGUCUUUGACGUUGUCAAGGUCCAAUGUAUGUCUCAAAUAUAUUCCAAAUGCUUCUGUCAGUCACUGAGGUACUGCAGCACCUGCUAAAGCCAGUCACUAUUGACUUCAAACAACUCUUAACUAUCAGAGUGGGAAUGGGCUACUCUAACUAUGAGAAGUGGUUUCUUUACCCAGCAUAAGAAACUAAAAUAAGUUGCAGUGUAAUGCUUUGGUGACUUGAACUCUGUCCCAGAUACAAAUCUGGAUGUAACCAGGUACUCCUGCAGUAGUUAUCCUAUAUGAGGUGUUGCUGUUGUAAACAAGUGAAGAAUGACAAUCUUGUUUCUGGCUUUGGCAGCCGGCUUUGGCCUUCCCCUUCAUGUUCUACCACUGUUCAUGCUACCAAAAAAUAAUUCCUGAGCCUGGGAGAGAUUAAUUCAAGUCUCCUACAUCUUCACAGAAAAAGUGGCUGUACAUCAAUCUGCCAGACUAGUUCAAGUGCUGGAAUUGUAUCUUCAUGACUGACAUCAAGUGACUGAGAUGAGUGUACUUUGUUCUCACUCUACUCCUGUUCCUCUUCCAUGCAAUCAGUGUGGAUGUUCUGACACUGUAAGUUUGACAUGUCUAAUGUCCUUGAAAAAAACCUGAGUGACUUUGAGGAGAGCUGUUCUGCAGCUCCUCUGCAGCUUCAGUCUUGAGUUCUGCCACGGUAGUCACACCUCUGGCACUGAGGGGUACUGUACUGCAGCAUCAGCUGUCCUUUCAGUCAGGCUCAGCUGGCUUUGUUCUCGCAGGCUUUAACACCAUUUCUAUCCUAAUGGCUUUUACCAUGGCAGUGUCAUAAACAGCAUUCUCAAGUACUGGCUUUCUAAAAUCCAGCUACACAAUAAUUUGUCUAGGUAGACUUCUUGGUACCUGUGGCAGAAGAGCACAAAACUGCAGAAAUCUCCACUGUCAGCUCUCGAGUAGCUAAAAGGUCAUGUGCAAGAACAGAGUGUCCUCUGCUCAUGGCUAUCAGAUGCUUAAUACUACAUCACAGAUGUUUGAGGCAAUGCUUAGGACAAAGGCUAGAAUAAUUCUUAAAAGCAGAUAGGGUUCAAACAAACAGUUGUCAAGUUUUCUUACUACAACUUUUUUUUUUUUUUUGCUGUGCUUCUGGUCUGUCUCUAGGUCCCUGCUGAAGAGGGAUGCCCACAGACUGCCCACAGAAGCUGAUUCUGAGAUCCAUGUUUUUUGGGAUGGUAGAGUUGAUAUUUCCACAGUGAGGUUCACAUUAAUAUAUUACUUGUUCAUCUGUAAUCUGUUUUCUAUUACAAAGAGGAGAUUUUACCAGGCCAGAUUUAGAUACGUAAACACUAUGCACAGCUUGAGGUUUUUUGUGUCAGACUCAGCGAGCAAGUUCCCUCUGCUUACCCUGACAGCACCAGAGUGAGUGUCUUUGCAACAUAAAGUUUUAUUGGGGAACCAGCAAUAGUCUGCUGCUCUGCAACUUGUAUAUUAUAACAGCAGGUAGUUGUCGACAAUGUCUUACUUGAAACUUUCUGCUGAAGGCAAGAUACAUUUCUAAUAUUUGAAAAUGUUCCCUUCAUCCCACAAAAAGAAAAAAAGGAAGCAAAACUCUCUUUGUAAAGGCUGUAGAGUUUGUUUAAAAAACAAAUGUUUUAUUAAUAAAGUUCUAGAGUUUCAUGUAAAGAUCUAGUUACAAACCAGCAUAAAUACUUUGUUUCGUUUUACCAUUAAGAGCUUCCUUCUUUCCUUUAAAAAGGACUCAUUCUCUUCUGUCUGGAGCAUUACUGGACUUGCUCAAGAAAGAACUUAAAAACUAAUUUGUUUUAAUUUUCUUAGAACUGAUUCAUGAGUUCCUUUCCACUUUUUUUAUUAUGGUACUUGAUACUCCAAGGAGUUUCUUUUAACUUCAUUCAGAUAUAACAAACAGAUUUGCAACAUUUAAGUUAGGGAUUUGUGCUCUUCUUUCUUGAAGCUGCUCCUUCAUGACAAAAUGCCCCUUGAUUUUGAAUGAAGGUUUUGAUUUUGUAUGUCUGAAUUUGAAUGAAGACUCCUCUCCCUUGCGGCUUCUGGCAGUGCCCUUGCACUGCUUAAAUACUGCCUUUGGGGCAUGCUUGC